GAGGUUAUUGAAGGUUAAUCUUGAGCUGAUGGGGAUUCUACAUGCUCGAAAGGUUUUCUCGUUCAUUGAUCGCAUCACGUCGUUGAAUUGUUCGGUGAUAAAUCCGACUAAUUAAUCGAUAUUGUUUGCGAGCGUUAACUUUGUUGCGAUCAAAUGAAGGAGAGAGCUUUCGAGCAUGCAAAAGUGUUGAGAGCUAUUUUGUUUUGUUUUCCAACUUAAGCUCUGCUCUUUUUGUUCAUCCUCUUCCCAACCUAAACUCAGUUCUCUUCCAGCUUUAAAUAGAAACCAGCCAAGCUCUUGAGGUCCCCUACAAGUUCCAGAACAGAGCACACUGCAUGAGACAAAAGGAUGGUUUCUUUUCUUUGGAGAGGAAAGGCAGAGACAAAAGAGACAAAAGGAAAAAGAAUUGUUAAUGAAACAUAUCUUGUAAUGUAACUUUCAACACCUCUCAUUCUCACCAUUUUGGCCAUCUUCCCAAACGAGAUAUUAGUAAGGAACCAGUAGAUAAGUUAAAAAAUUGUUAAUUGCCCUUGAUUUGGACUUGACAAUUGGGUCGUCUUUGGUUUGGGGAAUCUGCUUUCUCUCACUGGAUUGGAUUCUUCUGCUUAUCUUUUUCUUCAUUUCAACAGCUUCAAUGGCCAAUGAGAUAACUCAAGCAGUGAUUCCUUUCCUAGUAAGCCACUCGUUAAAACACCAGUUUCUCCAAUAGGAGGGGACUACCCAUAACUUGAUAACGACUAAACAUCCCAAUUACUCUUUGGCAGCAACCCCUUUUAGGGCUGGCUUUUGAAUGUUGCAUUGUGGAUAGAAUAUAUGAACAUGGGCAUGCCUCAUAUCUCCUUAACAAUGGAUUGUCUAAUUUCCUGUGCUUUCUAAAUUCGUCGUUCACUUAAUGUACCCGUGUUAUGUUUCGAAAUAGUACGAAUUACAUAAUUGACAUUUGCAUUAGCUUAGUUAUUGACCAUUAUCGACAUCACAUUUCAUCGAAUCAAAUUAUCAUUUUCGUACAAAAUCGUUCACUAGACGCCUGCCCAACAUAAUCCGCGGUAAUCCACCCAAAUACCUCGUUAAUCCGAAUCUAAUUGUUACCCUUUGUUCUCACCCCUACCAUUCCUCAUUGGAGCAAAAGUGGUACAAGUCUACCAACGACAAAACAAACCAAGGAAUAUGAUUCCUACCGCAACCAGACCAAACCAGGACCUCUGUUACAAAGUUAUAUUGUGCAAUGUCCUUUGGAACUCAAAGCCCAAAUAAUCAAGAAAAGAGUGUUUGUAUCAAGCAAACGACAGAAAUACAGAAAGUCGAAACCAGAAAAUCUGAUAGAGAUGGGACGACCCAUUUAGGAAUAGAGCUGUGCUGGCUACUAUUGCAGAAGAAGCCUCCCUCUCUCUCUCUCUCUCUCUGCCUCUGGCUCUCUGCCCAUUAGAAAAGAGAAGAACCCUUUUCCUCUUUUUUGUUUUCAUUUUCUUCCCUUUCUGUGCUUUCCUUUUCUCGGGCUAGUAAAAUGGUAACUGAUAGAAUUUGAGCAUCCCAAUGUACUUACCUAAAAGCAGCAACAAUAUGACUGUUUCCUUCCUCCUCCCGCUUCUCAAUUACCACAGCUUCUUCUUCUUAUUAUUUGCUUUGGUUUAGGCUCUCUCUCUUUCCCGGUCUCUUUUACUUUACUCUCCUUCUUAAAGGUUCGACCUUUUUCUCCAUUGACCCACCGAUCAACCCCAAAUUCCAACACUUUCCGCCUCAUCUCGUCAAACUCAGACCCGGGUCCUGAGUUUUGAGUCCUUUCCGCAAAUGGGUUUGGCUGGGAAGAUGGAAUCGGUGAACAGUUUCAGCAGAAAGAAAUGCAGGAGCUUGUUCUGGAGGGCGAGAGCUGCGGUGAAGAAAGCAAUGAAGAGUAGAUGGGGGAAUCAACAUGGAAAGAAGUUCCAGUAUGAUCCGUCGAGCUACGCCCUGAAUUUCGACGACAGUUGCCGCCGGUUCUCCUCCUCCACCGCGGCCGCUGAAAUUGUGUAUUGCUACCCUUUGAAGGUUGCCGGGAACAAUGUCAAUGGCAACAGCAACUUUACCGUCUGGGUUUACAUUGUUUGGGUAGAACCUUUGAGUUCUUAGAUGAAUUUGGCAGUUAAAUCUUUUUUGUAGGGGUUUCUUUAGGCGUUGAACUCGCCGGAGUUAUGUUAUUUUGGUCGGUAAAACUUGGUCCGGUGUACAAUUGCAACGAUAUCCUUUUUUCUUGCUGUGGUCUCUGACUAUCUUUUUUGGCAAUUAAUUAACUGCAGAGAUUGUCGUUUUAUCAGGAAGCAUUGAAUUGUCUCCGUUGGGCUAGGCAAAAAAAAUUAAAAAAAGAAGCUCCACCGAUUACUGAACUCGCAAUAAAUCAAUUCCCAGCCA